AUGACAACAUCUCCCACAAAUAACAUGUCAGAAGAGGAAGAUGAUACUGAAGUAUCACUCAAUAGUGAGGCAGAUUUGAAGAAAUUGAUUGAGCAACAACACCUCACAGAUGGUCAUGACUCAAAAGCAGGUAAUGGAUACUCUACAACUGAACAAGAGGAAUUUAAUCAUCUAUCCAAGGAGAACAAAUUGGAUCGGUUGAACAAUUUGAUUGAAAAAUCACAAAUUUAUUCCAAGAUUAUUGCUGAUAACAUUUUACAAUCAGUGUUGGCGAAAAACGACAACAGUAAUCAAGCAGCAGCAUCUGACGGUAUCACGGAAACAGGUCAACAAUCACCACCAACCAAGAGUCUGCCUGCACGGAAAAAGAGGAAAACUGUUAAAACUGCAACCAAGAAGGGACAAGAUGUUGUGUCAAUGCUAAAGACAAAUAUCUCUGAUAAUACAGUAGCUACAAGAGAAGCUAUCGAGAAAUCACAGACAGCUCAUACCAUGACUCAGCCAAAGAUAGUUUCUGGAGGAGUGAUGAAAGAUUAUCAGUUGGAUGGCUUGGAAUGGUUGGUCACAUUGUAUGAAAAUGGUCUAAAUGGAAUUUUGGCUGAUGAAAUGGGUUUGGGGAAAACCUUGCAAUGUAUUUCUUUUUUGGGGUAUUUGAUAGAGAACGGUAUAAGUGGCCCUUUUUUAAUUGUUGUUCCCUUGCUGACAUUGUCCAAUUGGUAUAAUGAAUUGCAAAAAUUUGCUCCCAACAUUAAAGUAUUGAGAUACUCUGGAACUAAGCAGGAAAGGGCCAAAUUGAAUUUCAAAAACAAGAAGUACAACAUUAUUCUUACAUCAUAUGAAAUAUCAAUAAAGGACUUUAAGAAGUUUGCGGAUAUAUCAUGGCAAUAUUUAAUCGUGGAUGAGGGCCAUCGAUUGAAGAAUAGUCAGUGUUUGUUGAUAAAAAUUUUGAAGAAGCUCGACACAACCAAUCGAUUAUUAUUGACAGGAACACCGCUCCAGAACAAUUUGAAUGAAUUAUGGUCUCUCCUCAAUUUCAUCUUGCCCGACAUUUUUCACGAUUUGGAGUUAUUUCAACAAUGGUUUGAUUUUGAUCAACUAGCAAAUUUUGAACAGAAUGAAGAAGACGAAGAAACGAAAAAUAUGAUCAAACUCAAUAUUCAGGAGACCUUGGUUAAAAAUCUACAUACAAUUUUGAAACCAUUCAUCUUAAGACGAUUGAAGAGAGAUGCUAUCAAGGAUUUACCUCCGAAAAAAGAAUACUUGGUCCAUAUACCAUUGACUGAACUACAGCGAAAAAUUUAUCGUGACGCAUUAAAUGGUCGUCUUCAGAAAGGGUUAGUGGAGUCGAAUUUAAAGGAAUUUUUGGCUUACAAUCAUAAGGAGCUAUUCAAGGAUUAUGACAUUGAUUCAUUUUUGGACAAUGUUGAUUCGGUUUUUAAUGAAAAGUCGCCAAAGGACGAGGAUAAGUCGUAUCGAGAGGCUGAUUCUGAUGAUGAGUUUGAAGCUGUGGACGAUGAUGUGGAUUUGGCCAAUGCCGAUAAAAAUGCAACCGCAUCAUACGAGGAGGUAGUGGACCAGCUCAAUACAUUCAAGAGUCGAAAGGAUAAACAGUUGGCAAUAUUGAAAGCAUUGUACAGCGAUAUCGUGUCUCACAUAAAACACUUAAAAUUACAGGCAUUAAAGAUGAUUCAAUUAAGAAAUAUCUGCAAUUCCCCGUAUUUGUAUUAUGAGCCAUUCCCUAUUGAUGGUAACCAUGACAAACAGUUUAUUGAGAAGCUUUUGGAAAACCUGACAAAAUUUCGAGCUUUAGAGCAGAUAUUAUUACCCUUAAUUGAAUCUGGACACAAGUGUUUGGUCUUUUCCCAAUUUACCAAGGUUAUGGAUUUAAUUCAAGAUUGGCUACAUUUUCAAAACAUUGAGGUUUGUCGUUUAGAUGGGUCUACAGCUCAGGGCGAAAGAGAAGACCAAAUUGCUCUCUUCAAUGAUAGCAAAUCGCAAUACAAGGUGUUCUUAUUAUCAACUAGAGCUGGUGGAUUGGGUAUAAAUUUGACUGCGGCUGAUACCGUUUUUCUUUUUGAUAGUGAUUGGAACCCGCAAAUGGAUCUACAAGCAAUUGAUCGUGUCCAUCGUAUUGGUCAAGGAAAGCCGGUGAAAAUUUUCCGAUUUGUUGUUCGCGAUUCAAUUGAAGAGAUAUUGAUCAGUAAGUCUAGUUCUAAGCGAUUCCUUGAAAAAUUGGUUAUUCAAAUGGGAGAAUUCAAGUUUAACAAAUUGAAACAAAUGAUGGGAAACAGCGGUAGUGACUUGGAUGCUAGUAUGAAGGAGUUAUUUGAGUGGAGUAAACACAAUUUUAAUCACAGUGAAUCACCACUGAGAGCACUCCCAGAAGGUAAAUCAGUGACGGAAGCGGAGUUACAAGAGUUGUUAGAUAGAUCUGAAGCUUGCUAUCAAAACACAGAUGAUUCCAAAUUCAACAAUAUUACCAUUUUCGAAACUACAAAUAAUUUGGAUAAAUAG